AUGGCUGAAGUCACAGACGAAGCAGCUCUCGCUGCAUUGAACCAACAAUACCAGAUAUACUAUCUGGCUGCAUGUUGGACAGAGGGCAUAGUCUAUGGGAUUUACCUAACACUCUUUGUGUGGACUGUGCGGAUCAUGACCCAGAAGCGGGCCCUGGACCAGACCGCGUCUCGCAUUUUCCUAGUAGGCGUCCUGGUGAUGUUCGUUCUCAUCACAAUACACGUCGGGAGUGUUGGUUAUAAAUUGAUUCGAGCCUACGCUCUCUUCGUUGGUACUCCUCCUGGCCUCCCAGUUGUCUACUUCCAAGACUUCAUCAAAUGGGACAACUACAUUCACCCCGUUAUUCUGGCGCUGCUUACAUGGCUGGGAGAUUACUUGGUGAUUUAUCGUUGCUUCUUGAUCUGGAGACGAAACUGGUGGAUUAUCUCUGUCCCUUCUUUCUUCCUCCUCGUUAGUGUUGGUACCACGUCGGUGAACUUGCACUGGUUCAGGAACCCGGAGAGCAUACCCUUCGAGACCAUGACGCACUUCUUGAACGUCAUCUUCCCAGUCAAUCUCAUCCAAAACGUCUUGACCACCGGCCUCAUUGCCUUCAAAAUCUGGAAGCAGUACCGAGACACCAGAUCCGCUGGUCUGCUGCUCACGUCCACCAGUGAAUUGCUCACCAUUAUCCGAAUCAUCGUCGAGAGCGCUUUGAUCUACACUAUUGAGACGUUUGCCAUGAUCAUCCUCUACUACAAGAAUCAUCCUGGUUUGGUGAUCGUUCAGCACAUGCUCAACCCCAGCAUCGGCAUUGUCUUCUGCCUCAUCGCCAUUCGAACGCACGUCGUCAAAUCAGAGUCUGUUGUCCGGAAUGCAUACCCCUCCAACUCGAUGAUGCCUUCUUGGAUGUCGAUGAGCGGUAACGAGCACCAGCACCAAAGCCGACGGGGACCCAUGCCGAUCAUCACCACCGUCACGGAACAUCACCACCUCGACACUAUGACUCCCACCAAAAUUGACCACGAGUCCGGCGAGUCAUACAGCCCCGGCUCGGGGGAUCGAAAGAUCUACCUUCAAGAAGCCAAAGGAUCGCCUUCCUAA